CAAAGAGUUUCCUUGCAUCCUUGAAUGGCAGAAGGGAAAAGUUAGUGGAACAAGUGUGUUAGAAAUGGUCCAAGUCUAUGAAGCCAAAAAGCUGUUCCUCGUUUUCAUUUUUAUGAUAAAGAACCAAGAAAUUAUUUUUGCUACUGCAGGUGUCUCUGGUCAAAAAGUCAAACUUGGGAACCACGGAGCACCAUUCCAAAACAUUGAAACUCUUCAAUUCUCACCAAGUGCCGAAGAUUUCUACGAACGCUAUGCAAGGCAGUCAAGGCCAGUUUUGAUAAAGAAUGCGGUUAGAAAAUGGCCAGCAUUUUACAAAUGGCCCAAUUUGACUUACAUGCACCGGUAUUAUGGAAACGAACUGUUUAAUGUUGAGCUGCGGAAAAAAUUUCAAACGUCAUUUCCGAUAAGAAAAACUCUAAGCCUAUCAAAAUUUAUCGAUGAAUUUGAAGACAGUGAUAUAUACCUGGACUCCCUUUUUAGCAAAGAUUCGUAUAUGUUGAAUGAUGUGCACCUCCCUACUCCACUGGAUUGCGCCCAUCGUAGCAUCGCUAUUGAUAAUCUGAAUCUCCUUAUAAGUAGCGGAAACACCAGCUCGGCAUUCCAUCAAGAUGGCUACGAGAAUCUGUUAUCAGUCUUGUCUGGAGUAAAAGAAGUAAUUUUGUAUAACAACAACUACACCAGAGCCUUCAAUGCUGAUGAAUACAAAAUAGCAGCAGGAGUUUCUGAUAUUGACCCAGAGGGCAUUGACCUUGAUGAACAUAUAGUGUUUGCUAAAACCCCCUACCAGAUUGCAAAGUUACAGCCAGGAGACAUGUUGUACAUACCAAAGUAUUGGUGGCAUCAUGUGCGCUCUUACAGCAAUCCAAAUAUUGCAGUAGGAAUGUGGUUUGACAUUUUCAAUUUUGAUAAAGAAAUGGAAAGCCAGUAUCUUGAUGAUACAGAACAGGUUGUAAAGACAACAGAAGCAUUCAUUGAGCUGCUGGACAAAGAACCUUUGAAGAUUCACUGCCUUAAAAAUGUAAAUAGAACUUCAUUCUUUUCCAUCAGCCCAUUUGUGAAAAGAAGAAAUAUAUGUGCUUAAUAUAUAACAGAACUUUCAGUAGCUUUUAUAGGAGGGUUCGGCAUAAUUUUAAUCUUUUGUACUGGGUUUCACUUGGAAAAAGAGGUUAAAAUAUUUUCAUAUUUUUGAAUUUUGAAUUAGGCUUAUAUUAACUUGCACGCAGACUCAACUGGUUUUACCAGAGAUAAAUAUAGUUGAUUUGAAAUUUAGCUGAUUGGAAAAUUCGGUGUUUCUCUCCCAGUAGACAAACCCUAAAUUUUCCAUUCAACUAAAUUUAUCUCUGGGAGAACCAGUUGAGUCUGCGCACAGGCUAGGCUUAUAUAUGCUAUUUAUAGUAAUAUUGGAAAUAAAAUGCAUCAAAUGUGGUUUAGCACAAUCAUUAAGCAAAUAGUUUUAAAAAAGGCUUUGAUAAACAAACAUUUUUGACAUACUAAAGCUUUUUCCUGAAAGUAUUCAAUAUAUAAAACAUCAGAACAUUGAUCAAAAGCUCUAAGCUAAGAAAUAUAAAUAGCCCGUUGUAAAUCAAAAGAGGCCAAUAUAGCACAUGACUGUUGAGGUUGCCCAAUCAGUGCCACUUGCCUAUUGACAAUGUUACAAAGGUAGUGCAAUCUGGUGGCCCAUGAUUUGUAAAUGGCACUGAAAAACAGAAGUUGUCUCAUUCCUUCAGUAUAUGAUAAUGACUAAAGGUAAGUAGAAUUAUCAUAUGGGUGUGGAUCAGGAGUACUGAAAUUAGAAAUAUUAGAAAUUAGAAAUAUUCCUAAGCUAUGGAUGGCCCUCUAUGCAACAUAGCUGUGAUUUUUUGUUCUGUGAGGCAGAAAAAAUCAUGUUUUUGUAGUUCAUUAGAUUUGUCAGAAGAUGAAAAAUCUAGCUUCAGCAAAAUGUUUACUUCCUGAUCAAUUUUCUAAGACAAAAGAGGCACAUAGUAGUUUCAAAGUUUUCUUUUUAAUUACAAAGGGGUUUGUGGCAGAGUAUUAAAGAUGAGGCCCACAGAGAGGGGGCAAGGGGGCAAUAGUUCCUUGGCCUGUAAGCAAAGACUCUUAAUAGCAUGGUAAUUUUAAGAAAAACAAAUCUGUUCUGGGAAAGUUUAACAAUAUUUUAUGAAUAUUAAUAGCAGGUAAAGAGAGAAAGUUAAAAGGAAUUUUACAUCCAUACACAUUUUUGGUUUAUCGCUUGGGUA